GAGACCAUGUUUAACCUGUAUGCCUUAUACAACAAGAAUAAACCAAAGUCAGACUGCCUCAUGAUGGACUGUGGCAAACAGUUUUUCAGGGAGAAGCAGUUAGAACUUGGAGAUAAAAUGGAUUUGUCCAGCUACCUGCUGAAACCUGUCCAACGGAUGGGCAAGUAUGCACUACUGCUGAAACAGUUGUUGAAGGAGUGCCCCGAGACACAACUGGAGUACUCUAAUUUAAAGGCUGCAGAAGAAAUGGUCAGAUUUCAGCUUCGACAUGGUAAUGAUUUGCUGGCCAUGGAUUCUCUCAGAAACUGUGAUGUCAAUAUUCAAGAACAAGGCAGACUUCUGCGGCAAGAAGAGUUUCUUGUUCUCCAUGGCCGUAAAAAAUCUAUGAGGCGGGUAUUUCUGUUUGAAGAUCUCAUUUUGUUCAGCAAAACUAAGAAAGGUCAACAAGGGCAACAUGAUAUCUACAUUUAUAAAACCAGUUUUAAAACAUCAGACAUUGGUAUGACAGAAAACUACGGCAGUAGUGAAUUAAAGUUUGAAAUCUGGUUCCGUCGAAGAUCGUUACGUGAAACGUAUGUUCUUCAAGCUGCCAAUUUGGAAAUGAAAAAUGCCUGGGUCAAAGUUCUGUCAAACUUGCUUUGGAAACAAGCAAUUCAUAACAGAG